GCCACGUCAGGAGCCGGGCAGCGGCGCAGGAGGGGGAACGGAACUGAUGACAUCACCAGAGACCGGAAGCCGCUCCAGCUGCGGGAUUUCCUGCUCGUCUACAACAGGAUGACGGAGCUCUGCUUCCUGCGCUGUAUCUCCAACCUGAACUACCGGGCACCCACCAGGGAGGAGGAGGCCUGUCUAGAUGGCUGCGCUGAGCUCGUCCACUCCAACCACCGCCUGAUGGGGGCCUACGUGCAGCUCAUGCCUUCCAUUGUGCAGCGCCGCAUCUCUGACUACGAGGCCGCUGCAGCCCAGGUGGCCCCGGCCUCCAGCCCGCAGGAGGUCCCUGGUGCUGCCCCGGCAGCCCUGCCAGCAGCGGUUGGCACGGAAACCCACCCUAGCCGGCAGGUGGCUCCCAGUGCGGAGAGCGCCCCAGACACCGUCAGCUAGUGCCCCACUGCCUCCCAGCGUUUCCUCGUCCCCCAUGGCUGCACCUGGACUUGGGCCUGUGGUGUGAAAGAGCCUCUUGGCGCAUUGCAGGUGCACCGUGGGCUGGGCUUCCUCCCAGCACUGGAUCCAGCCCAGAUGGGCACUUCCUCCCUCUUCACUCGGGACUGGCCGAUUAGUGCCAGCAUCAGAACUACCCUAGAUGCAACUGCCAGCUGCAGUCCGGGCCUCCUGAGAGCAGAACCAUGCAAGUUCCAGCAGCGUUUGGGCUGGGCCAGCCUGCCUAAUGGGCUCUGAGCAGCUGCUCGGGCCCAUCGCCCCCGGGGUCGGGCCGUCUGGAGCAGUCUGUGGGGGUGCCCUGCUGAGGGCUCGUCAGUCACAGCAGCCACUCCGGAAGGCUAUUUUCUGUUACCAGUAAAUCCGUGUCCUCUUGAUUCCCCGGGUGCGUGGGAUGCUUUGGUCAGGGCCCCGCCCGCUCACACAGCUGCUGGAAGGCCUGGGACCCUCACAGGGUGUCAUUUGUCCCUGCCCUGAAGCCGUCUGGCGGGGGCCCUCUGGUACUGCUUCUGUCCCUCGCUCUCUGUCCAUAGGGCCCCUGCACGAACCCAGGUUUCGACGCUGCGUCACUAGGGUGAGCCCUGCCCAGCAUGUCCUUCGAGGUAGACUCCUGCUCAGAGACCCCUCACGGCCUCGGGAGCACAGCAAAUGACAAGCCGGCUGGGUCAGAACAAGGAGGUAGUGCCUGGGUGUGGUGUUCGGAAUGGCGGCCACCACAGCCUGAAGCACCCUGCUCUGCUGCGAUCCAGCUUCUCUCGUGCUGAGAUGGCUGCAGCACCUGUCCCUGGGAGGAAAGCCUCUCUCCCACUCAGGGGCAGCUGUGCCAAGUGGAAUGCCCAGAGCUGUACAUGGGUAAUAAAGAGAUUAACACGAA